AAUUAUUAUGUCAAAGUUUCAGUGAGGGAGUCUUUUUGCUAUAGAGAUAAAAGUUGUUUGAAAUUAACCUUUUGAUUCAGGUGGUAACCAAAACAGUGAAACAGCUCGAAGAAGAAGAUGAAGAUGACAUGGAAGAAUCAGAGCAAGAAGAACCCUAACAAGAGACCUAUUUCCCAAUUCGAAAACCUCCCUUUCGAUCCUACUGACGAUUCCAUUUUUCCCGAGGAAAAACUUCCUAAAAACGAAGAGAUUUCUAAUGUUAAAGGAGAUGAUGAUAACGAUACAUUCAAGCUUGUUGAGUCCUUUCAACAACAAGGAAAUAAGCUUGCUGAGGAAGGGAAAUAUCGUGAAGCACUUGGAAAGUGGGAAUCUGCUCUACUUUUGAUGCCAGAUCGUGCCAUUCUGCAUGAACAGAAGGCUCAAAUUUUGCUUGAACUUGGAGAAACAUGGAAGGCGCUGCAAGCUGCUACUCGUGCAACUGAGUUGGAACCAAGCUGGGGUGAGGCGUGGGUCACCCUUGGUAGAGCACAGCUGAAUUAUGGUGAGCCUGACAGUGCUAUAGAAAGCUUAGACAGAGCACUAGCCAUCAAGACUCUGCUGAGGCUCGUAAUGAUCGACAAGCUGCUUUGCAUCAUAUUCAGAGGAGAAAACAGUUACAGACAUCAGGUUUGAGCAUGAACCAAAACCGUUUUGCUGUAGUGGACAAAACUGAGAGCACUUGAAGGUUUGAAACGUAGGGUUAAUCUCAUUACAUAUGAUGCUUUGUUCCGAUAAAAUCCUGAGGCUAGGGAAUAUCUUCUGUCACAUUUGACUUCGAGUCAAGGUUUCAAAAUGCUGGUUCAGCUAUAGAAAGAGGUGUAGGUGUGCAUAUCAGUGAGGAGAGAAAAUAGCCAGAAGGGUUGACAAUGAUAAAACAUGAUGCCUGGGCAAUGAAAUGUCUACUUGUGAUAUAGAUGAUCCUCUAUGGCCUCUAACAUAGAGUUACUUCAUAGCUAUGUUUGUUUGAUUAUUCUGAUUAGUAAUAUAUAUCUACACGUUCUGCUGUGCAAAUCAAGUGAAUGACGUUUUUUACGUUCAAAAAGUGCAUCUGAUUUGUAUCGACCAGUGAAAGAAUUUGUUUCACACCCAAUGGUACCCAGCCACCACUCCUAGCCAUCCCACCUUUCAUAAUUUUUUUCUAGAUUACAUAGAGAUGCUGUUAGGACAACAUGUUUCUGCUGAUGUAUCAAACGCUAAAAUAUAUGUUAUAAAAAACACUUUUCUUCC